AUGAACUGGCUUUUAAUUCUCAUGGUUGCCGUUGUAGUUGCAAGUUCUCCAGGUGUGGAUGAAGUUAUUCGUAAUUACACAUUCAACCUUACCCAUAGUUUUGUAAAUCCAGAUGGGAAGUACAAGAGUGGGUUUCUAAUUAACGGCAUGGCUCCAGGACCAACAAUUGAGGGCGAUGAAAAUGAUUGGAUACAAGUUACUGUAAAUAACCAUCUUCCAGUAGCUAUAACGAUGCACUUUCAUGGUAUUAUGCAACGAGGAACGCCUUGGGCUGAUGGGGUUCCAGGGAUAACACAGAAUCCUAUUCCUCCAGAAGAUUGUUUUACGUAUCUUUUCCAAUUGAAAGAUCAAUAUGGAUUUGCUUGGUACCAUGCACAUCAUCGAGGGUAUCUGACCGAUGGGUUGUAUGGGGCCAUGAAUAUCAAGCCUAAAAUUGGUAGAGACCGGCCGUAUAGGAAAAUUACCAACAAUACAAGAGAAUUAGAAAUAAUUAAACGGGCUGAAGAGUCCCCAUUAACCUUGAUUGCAGAUGAUUCUUUCAAAUGGAAUAUGGAUGUUGUUAUGGCAAGAAUGUUUGACUAUGGAAUAGAUCCAUUAUGUUCUCAAAGCAUCCUUAUCAAUGGACGAGGAAGAGUUGUAUGUCAUGGUAAUGAGAUUUUCAAUAGAUUACUGGCUAAAAAGAGUUCGUCGUAUCGACCAACGUUUGAUUCUAUGGGGUGUAUGCGAGCAGAAAAUGGGUACGAUAACGCCACUGAUUAUUUUGGGUUGGAAGUCCCUGGAUAUUCGCCACCUUGUACUCCUACUUUUACAGAUCCAUAUAAAAUGGAAUCCAACAGUUCAUGGAUCUACCUUAACGUUCUUAAUGGUGGUGGACAGUAUACAAAGGCAUUCUCAAUAGAUGGGCAUUCCAUGUAUGUUAUUUCAGUUGAUGGGAUUUUCGUAGAUCCAAUUGAAACUCAUAUACUCAUGCUUCCAGUGGGUUCUCGAAUCACUGUGGUUGUUAAGGCUAAGAUGGGAGUCUUUCCUAUGAGAUUUACACUUACAAAAAGUCCACAAUAUUCGGAGGGGGUGGCUUAUUGGCAUAGUAAACCAGAACUGAAAGAAGGCACCAAUUGCGACUAUGAAGGUAGUCCUUAUCAAGGUUGUCAAGAAAAUGGCGGUUUUUCAAUAAUUCCAACAAAAUAUCAGGACCUUGAUGGUAGUCCUUUGGGAGAGUAUAAUUUUAGUUGGCCAAUAGAUACAAAACCUUUUGAAAAAAAUGCUAAAUACAAUCUAGGGAUGCGCCAAGCUGAUCAUACUUUUGACUUGUAUCUCAAUCGUACUGGAAUGAUUACAUUUAGCAUGUUUAAAGACGGAACUUUGUUGCCUAAAAUGAACAUGAAGACACCUCUUUUGCAAAGCCUAAAUGAAACUUUUGGAAAUUGGGCUUUGAGAGAUGAUAUACAUUAUAAUGAUACUGUCGAUAUCAUUUUAAAUAAUAAUAACAUGAUGGGUCAUCCUAUACAUUUGCAUGGGCAUUUGUUUUAUGUGAUUGGUUUUAGUGGAAGUGAAAAUUUCUACCAUUCCAAUUUGAAAGAGGCUAUUGAAAAUGAUUACAAAGUUAAAGAAAAUCCUCCUCUUGUUGAUGUUGUGUACGUUCCACCUGGAGGACACGCAGUGAUUCGGUUUGUUGCUGAUAAUCCUGGUUUAUGGAUACUCCAUUGUCACAAUUUAGGACAUCUAAUUGGUGGAAUGGGGGCUGUUCUAUUUGAGGCUGAAGAUAAAAUCCCUUCUCAAAUAUUUAGUGUAUAA